AUGGACCUCAAUUUAGCAGGAGAAAAGCGUUUGUUGCAGCUAAAUGAACUGGAGGAAUUCCAGCCGCUAGCAUAUGAAAGUGCCAAAUUAUAUAAGGAGAAAACUAAGAAAUGGCAUGACAGAAGAAUCAUUCCUCGACAGUUUGAAGUUGGGCAGCAGGUUCUACUUUUCAAUUCCAGGUUGAAAUUGUUUCUAGGGAAACUGAAGUCCAGAUGGUCAGGUCCCUUUGUGGUACAUUCAGUCUAUCCACAUGGAGCAGUAGAGAUAGCAGCUGAAGAUUCAGGGAGAACCUUCAAGGUGAACGGCCAGCGGCUAAAGCACUACUGGGGUGACGAGAUUAAUCGCCAGAAAACCUCCAUCUCAGUUCAAGACGCAUAA